AUGGGGCGGCGGGCGCGCGUCCGGCGGCUCCAGCAGCAGCAGCAGCGGUCUGAGGGAGGCGAGGACGCCGCUGAGCGCGGCCGGAAGCGCAGCACCGCGGGCUGGGAAGGCGGCUACCCCGAGAUCGUCAAGGAGAACAAGUUGUUCGAGCACUACUACCAGGAGCUCAAGAUCGUGCCCGAGGGCGAGUGGGAGCAGUUCAUGGGCGCGCUCCGGGAGCCGCUCCCGGCCACGCUGCGCAUCACCGGCUACAAGAGCCACGCGAAAGAGAUUCUCCACUGCUUGAAGAACAAGUACUUCAAGGAGCUGGAGGACCUGGAGGUGGACGGUCAGAAGGUUGAGGUUCCGCAGCCACUGAGCUGGUACCCCGACGAGCUGGCCUGGCACACUAACCUGAGUCGGAAGGUCCUGCGCAGGUCUCCGCAGUUGGAGAAGUUCCACCAGUUUCUGGUCAGCGAGACGGAGUCUGGAAACAUCAGUCGCCAGGAAGCUGUGAGCAUGAUCCCCCCACUGCUGCUGAGCGUCCAGCCCCAUCACAAGAUCCUGGACAUGUGUGCAGCCCCUGGCUCCAAGACCACCCAGCUCAUCGAGAUGCUGCAUGCGGACUUGAACACCCCCUUCCCAGAGGGCUUUGUCAUCGCCAAUGAUGUGGACAACAAGCGCUGCUACCUGCUCGUCCACCAGGCCAAGAGACUGGGCAGCCCCUGCAUCAUGGUGGUCAACCACGACGCGGCCAGCAUCCCCCGGCUGCAGAUGGACAUGGAUGGCCGUAAGGAGAUGCUCUUCUAUGACCGCAUCCUGUGUGACGUCCCCUGCAGCGGGGAUGGCACGAUGCGGAAGAACAUCGACGUGUGGAAGAAGUGGACCACCUUGAACAGCUUGCAACUGCACGGCCUGCAGCUGCGCAUUGCCACGCGGGGCGCCGAGCAGCUGGCCCUGGGCGGGCGGAUGGUCUACUCCACCUGCUCCCUGAACCCCGUGGAGGACGAGGCCGUCGUGGCCGCGCUCCUGGAGAAGAGUGAAGGUGCCCUGGAGCUGGCGGACGUGUCCUCUGAGCUGCCAGGGUUGAAGUGGAUGCCAGGACUCUCACACUGGAAGGUCAUGACCAAGGAUGGACAGUGGUUUGCAGAUUGGGACGAGGUCCCACACAGCAGGCACACCCAAAUCCGACCCACCAUGUUCCCACCAAAGGACCUGGAAAACCUGCAGGCCCUGAAUCUGCAGCGGUGCCUCAGAAUCCUGCCCCAUCACCAGAACACGGGGGGCUUCUUCGUAGCCGUGCUCGUCAAAACGUCUUCCAUGCCCUGGAAUAAGCGUCAGCCCAAGCCCAAGGUACGCUUCCCUCCGAGGUCUGAGCUCUACGGAGACGGUGUAGGACUGCCGGGGUCCGGGGGCAGCAUGGCUGUUGGGAUCGGUGGGCAGGUAUGUCCAAAAGGUUAUUUCCUGGUCAUCCACGUGGAAACCAUUCACGAGGCAUUUUACGUGCUUUGUGUUUUCACACGAAGCUUUCAGACUCGUGGGUCAUCUGAUUUCAAGGUCACGCCUUGGCCUGUGCUUGGAGGCCUGCUGGGCGGCACUCGGGACAAGUGGAGGUUCUAUGGGCUGGACGCGGCAUUCCCCAGGAAGAACCUGCUGACACGUACGAUGGAGGGGAAGAAGCGGCAACUGUACAUGGUGUCCAAGGAGCUGCGCAGCGUGCUGCUGAACAACAGCGAGCGUGUGAAGGUGAUCAACACCGGCAUCAAGGUCCUGUGUCGCAGCAAUGGUGCCGAGGAGUUCGACUGCGCCUUCCGGCUGGCACAGGAGGGAAUAUACACGCUGUACCCGUUCAUCAAGUCCAGGAUUGUCACUGUGUCCUUGGAAGAUGUGAAAACACUGCUGACCCAGGAAAACCCAUUUUUCAGGAAGUUCAGCAGUGAGACGUACAGCCAAGCCAAGGACAUGGGUAUGUGGUGGGUGGCCUGGGCCGGACUCCCGUCGUCGCUGAGCGUACCCCUGGCUGGGGGUGGACACCAUCCGGGUCAGAGGCACUCUUGGGGAUACAGCUCCGAUGGGGCAGCGGGCGGUGACAUGGCCGGGGAUGGCAGCUCCGAUGGGGCAGCGGGCGGUGACAUGGCCGGGGAUGGCAGCUUCAAUGGGGCAGCGGGCGGUGACAUGGCUGGGGAUGGCAGCUCUGAUGGGGCAGCGGGCAGUGACACAGCUAAGGUGGGAAGCCCAGACGGGGCAGCAGGAGGUGACAUGGCUGAGGAAAGCUUGCCCCAGUGAGGAGAGUGGACCCGGGGAAACUGCCUCGGUAGUGGUGGGGCUCAAACCCAACCCAGAGCUGGCCAGGAGCCGAGCAGUGAGUGGACCGGGAACAGCGGACUGGGCAGCUCGCUGCGCUGUCCUCGGUGUGCAGCUGCCUGCUGGGCCUGGGCCACGCUGCGUGGUGCGUCCUGCUGCCCAGAGACCUUCACCAGUAAAGUCUUCUACAAAGAAAUGAAGUGAAACUGCCCUUACAGAGGUUGCCAGGUCCGGUUUAUCAUGCCUAGGUUGACGGAGAGGCCCAGGGUUGAACACUUAUUUACAGAAAGAGCCUCUACCCGGUGCACUCGGGCACCACCCUGUGUGGCCGAGCGUGCACAGGGGUCGCUGUCUGAGGUCUCAGGUGAUGUUGGUGCCUUUGUGAGGAAGGGUCCAGGGAGGGCCGCUGGGCACUGGGACCCAGGGCUUUGAUUUGUGAAGUGGGAGGUGUGGUCCUUGGAGCAGGUCAAUAAAGAGCUAUGAACUCCGA